AUUCAUGCAAGAGUAAGCUAUGAAAUCAACAUGUAUUUAUAAAAAUCGUGGGACACAUUUUUGUCUCAAAGCGGAAGUAUUGACGAGGUAAACACGAGAUUUAAAUGACAAAAUCGUCUAGGGAGUUAUAGAUUCUACUCGGGGGAUUUUCCUUGUUUUGGUUUUAUGUGAGGGAAUGAUUAUUAAAUCGACAAAUUUGAUAAAAUAAGAGUGCUCAUUAAGAUGUCGUAAGGGCCACAAACAAACCAUGCGUAUAUAGAUAUCGCAAACUGGAAAAGACGUGGGAAAAAACCAAUGAAAAUUUCGAUCGAAAUGACCUUUGAAUAUGAGCAAAAUUGAACUUAGUGAAAGCGAUGACCCUGUUCGGGUCAAGGUCGUUGUUAUUGGUGAUAUGUGCGUUGGGAAAACGGCUAUCUCUCAUAGAUUUACCAAGAAUGCCUUCGAAGAGAAAAUAGCCCACACAGUUGGAGCUAGCUAUUAUAUCCGAUCUAUGGAAAUAGAAGACAGGACUGUCCUUUUCCAAAUCUGGGACACGGCAGGUCAAGAACGUUUCAGGAGCCUCGUUCCUAUGUAUCUCCGUGACGCCGACAUAGCUUUGCUGGUGUUCGAUAUUACGUCACAGGAGUCCUUCCACAGUUUGGAACUAUGGAGAACUGAACUCAUGACUAGCGCACCUGCCCACGUGACCGCAGCUGUAGUGGGCAACAAAUCUGAUCUGGGCAGCAAAAGAAAAAUAGAGGCUACGGCUGGUCGUGCAUACGCGGUGAAGCACAGAAUGCUCUACACAGAAACAUCAGCAAAACUUGGAACCAAUGUUGAGGAACUUUUCUAUGACUUAGGAUUGCGGUUUGCAAACCCAGAAUUAAGUGGACACAUAGAAAACAGCAUAAAAGUUCCAGAAAAAUACAAAAACAUUAUCAGUGUUCAAAUUCCCCCAAAGGAAGAGACAGAAUUCUCACAGAAAUCGUGUUGCGGUUAAAACUGCAUUUUUUCAAGAUUUUUUUUUAUGAAAAAAAUCUUUAUAAAAAAUGUCUGUCUUUGGUGCUAAGACUGUUGUUUUGGAAAGUUUAUCAGUUUGUUUUAAAAAAAUCCUUACAAUAUGCAAUUUGACAUGACGGACAAUUGGCAUAGUACUAUAUUAUUAUUCUUUUAAUUUAUCAAAUUACAUGUAGAUUAGAAUAACUAUACUUUUAUCAUUAUUAUUGUUCUUUAGUUAAUUUAUAUUAAAACAUACUUUUGAAUUA